CGGAGGAACCAGCCUGAGACGCACACGCGAUUGGCCCCAGCGCAGCCAGUGAGCGGGCUUGUUGCUGCCCUGCGCCACGCUGAAGGGUAGGGGAAGCGUCUUAGGCCUGGAGACCCUUAGCGUUCCGUCGGUUUUACCACAAUGAGCUCCAUCGGCACCGGGUAUGACCUGUCUGCCUCUACAUUCUCUCCUGACGGAAGAGUUUUUCAAGUUGAAUAUGCCAUGAAGGCUGUGGAAAAUAGUAGAGUGUGGUGGCGUCAUCAUAGCUCACAGCAACCACAGACUCCUGGGCUCAAGCAAUCCUACUUCAGCAUCCUGAGUAACUGCAACUAUAGGAAUGGACCACCAUGUUGGGCUAUUGGAAUCAGAUGUAAAGAUGGUGUUGUCUUUGGGGUAGAAAAAUUAGUCCUUUCUAAACUUUAUGAAGAAGGUUCCAACAAACGUCUUUUUAAUGUUGAUCGGCAUGUUGGAAUGGCAGUAGCAGGCUUGUUGGCAGAUGCUCGGUCUUUAGCAGACAUAGCAAGAGAAGAAGCUUCCAACUUUAGAUCUAACUUUGGCUAUAACAUUCCACUCAAACAUCUAGCAGACAGAGUUGCCAUGUAUGUACAUGCAUACACACUCUACAGUGCUGUGAGACCUUUUGGCUGCAGUUUCAUGUUAGGGUCUUACAGUGUGAAUGAUGGUGCACAACUCUACAUGAUCGACCCAUCAGGCGUUUCAUACGGUUAUUGGGGCUGUGCUAUUGGCAAAGCCAGGCAAGCUGCAAAGACAGAAAUAGAAAAGCUUCAGAUGAAAGAAAUGACUUGCCGGGAUAUUGUUAAAGAAGUUGCAAAAAUAAUUUACAUAGUACAUGAUGAAGUUAAGGAUAAAGCUUUUGAACUAGAACUCAGCUGGGUUGGUGAAUUAACUAAAGGAAGACAUGAAAUUGUUCCAAAAGAUAUAAGGGAAGAAGCAGAGAAAUAUGCCAAGGAGUCUUUGAAGGAAGAAGAUGAAUCAGAUGAUGAUAAUAUGUAACCUUUCCUCCAGGAUCUGUUCUAUUUUAAAUUUCUACUACAGUCCCAUGUAACUAUUUAGCCCUGUGGAUUAUACAUAGUUACUGCCAAUUUUCAUUAAAUUUUUGUCUU